CCUCCCGUUCCUCCUUCAGGCAGCGAUCAACACAACUCGUAAACUAGCAUGUUGUUGGACAGCCCAGCUAGCCAACCGCCGCUACCAAAGAACUGCAGUGCUUACGUCUUUAUAUUUUAGUUUAAUACCUCAGUGUGAAACAAAGACAUUUUCUGGUUGUACGGACUGUCACAGGAUACAAACGAAGCCAUGUAUUUUUGCUCUGGUUGACUGCUAACUUUGAGCUAAGAUAGCUUAGCUAGCCAUCAGAUGGUUUGUUUUGGUCGAGGUGGACUAGUGACAUAAAGAAAACAACAGCCCGUCUCGGUGAUUUUUACACGGCUUGGGUUCCCUGGGGCGUUGAUGUGUUGGUUCCCCUGGCUCCACAUCAGUUGAGAUAAAGAAACACACAGUGGAUGGAAACAUGGCGUAAAGGCGUGACGCCGAGACCCAAGGUGUUGUCAACAGGCAGGGAGACAGACCGCAGGCAGGGAGACAGUCAACAGGCAGGGAGACAGUCAGUCAGUCUGGCCAACUCCAGCCGGCCGUGGUGCCCAUCUCUUAUCACUGAAUCGCCCCUAAACUAGUUCGACAUGCACGACGCGUAUGAACCGGUGCCUAUCUUGGAAAAGCUUCCCCUCCAGAUUGACUGCCUGGCGGCUUGGGAGGACUGGCUUCUGGUUGGCACGAAACCGGGACACCUCCUCCUCUACCGGAUAAAGAAAGAUGCAGGCACCAAUAGAUUUGAGGUGACGCUGGAGAAAUCCAACAAGAACUUCUCAAAGAAGAUCCAGCAGCUCUUCGUGGUCUCCCAGUACAAGAUCCUCGUCAGUCUGCUUGAGAACAACAUCCAUGUCCACGACCUGCUGACCUUCCAGCAGAUCACCGUGGUGCCCAAGGCCAAGGGAGCCACUCUGUUCUCCUGCGACCUACAGUCCGGCUCCGGAGAGGCCAAGCUGAGGAUGUGUGUCGCGGUCAAGAAGAAGCUGCAGCUGUACUUCUGGAAGGACCGGGAGUUCUACGAGCUCCAGGGGGACCUGGGGGUACCGGACAUCCCCAAGUCCAUGGCGUGGUGUGAGAACUCCAUAUGUGUGGGCUUCAAACGGGACUAUUACCUCAUCCGGAUGGACGGGCGGGGGUCCAUCAAGGAGCUGUUCCCCACCGGGAAGCAGCUGGAGCCGCUGGUGACGCCGCUGGCCGACGGCAAGGUGGCGGUGGGCCAGGACGACCUCACGGUGGUGCUCAACGAGGAGGGCGUCUGCACGCAGAAGUGUGCCCUGAACUGGACCGACAUCCCCAUCACCAUGGAGCACCAGCCCCCCUACAUCAUCGCGGUGCUGCCUCGCUACGUGGAGAUCCGCACCUUGGAGCCUCGUCUCCUGGUCCAGAGUGUGGAGCUGCAGAGGCCGCGCUUCAUCACCUCAGCAGGGCCCAACGUGGUGUACGUGGCCAGCAACCACUUCGUGUGGCGCCUGGUCUCCGUCUCCAUCGCCAGUCAGAUCAGACAGCUGCUGCAGGACAAACAGUUCGAGCUGGCCCUGCAGUUGGCGAAGAUGAAGGACGACUCUGACGGAGAUAAGAAGCAGCAGAUCCACCACAUCCAGAACCUGUACGCCUUCAACCUGUUCUGCCAGAAGAGGUUUGACGACUCCAUGCAGGUGUUCGCAAAGCUGGGCACAGACCCAACCCACGUCAUCGGGCUGUACCCCGACCUGCUCCCCUCGGACUACCGCAAGCAGCUACACUACCCCAACCCCCUGCCCACGCUGUCAGGGGCGGAGCUGGAGAAGGCCCACCUCGCCCUCAUCGACUACCUCACACAGAAGCGCAGCCACCUGGUGAAGCAGCUCAACGACUCGGACCCGUCCACCCCCUCCCCGCUCAUGGAGGGUACCCCCACCAUCAAGAGCCGCAAGAAGCUCCUGCAGAUCAUAGACACCACCCUGCUGAAGUGCUACCUCCACACCAACGUGGCCCUGGUGUCUCCCCUGCUGCGUCUGGAGAACAACCACUGUCACAUCGAGGAGAGCGAGUACAUCCUGAAGAAGGCCCACAAGUACAGCGAGCUCAUCAUACUCUACGAGAAGAAAGGGCUGCACCGGAAAGCCCUCCAGGUGCUGUUGGACCAGUCCACCAAGGCUAACUCCCCCCUGAAGGGCCACGAGCGGACCGUGCAGUACCUCCAGAGACUGGGAGUGGAGAACUUGGGCAUGAUCUUCGAGUUCGCCCCGUGGGUGCUGAAGAUUUGUCCCGAGGACGGGCUGAAGAUCUUCACGGAGGACCUGACGGAGGUGGAGUCGCUCCCCCGGGACCGCGUGCUGAGCUUCCUGCGGGAGGGCUUCAGGGAGCUGGCCGCCCCCUACCUGGAGCACAUCAUCCACGUGUGGGAAGACCCGCGGCCCGACUUCCACAACGUGCUCGUCCAGCUCUACCUGGAGCGCGUGCAGGGCCUCAUGAAGCAGUACCUCAACUCCCUGCCCGAGGGUGUGAGCGCUGUGGCUGCAGGUAAGGAGGAGGGGGACCUGGGAGAGUUCCGGUCCAAGCUGCUGGACUUCCUGGACAUGUCCUCCAGCUACGAACCCGCCAGACUCAUCAGUGACUUCCCCUUCGACGGCCUGUUGGAGGAGCGAGCUCUGCUGCUGGGCCGCAUGGGGAAACACGAGCAGGCGCUCUUCAUCUACGUUCACGUGCUGAAGGACACGCGCAUGGCAGAGGAAUACUGCCACGGGCAUUACGACGACCUAACAGAAGGAAACAAAGAUGUGUACCUGUCCCUGCUGAGGAUGUACCUCUCCCCCCCGGACGUCCACUGCCUGGGGCCCAUCAAGAUGGAGCUGGCGGAGCCGCAGGCCAACCUCCAGGCGGCCCUGCAGGUCCUGGAGCUCCACCACAGCAAGCUCAACACCACCAAGGCCAUCCACCUGCUGCCGGCCAACACCCAGAUCCGGGAGAUCCGGGUGUUUCUGGAGAGCGUCCUGGAGGAGAGGGCCCAGAGGAAGCGCUUCGACCAGGUGCUGAAGAGCCUGCUGCAGGCCGAGUUCCUCCGGGUCCAGGAGGAGCGUAUCUUCCACCAGCAGGUGAAGUGUGUCAUCACGGAGGAGAAGACCUGUCGCGUGUGCAAGAAGAAGAUCGGGAACAGUGCGUUCGCCAGGUACCCCAACGGCGUCGUGGUGCACUACUUCUGCUGCAAGGACCGCUCUGCCUGCCCCACGGACCACUAACCCCCAC